AUGUGUAUAAACAGCAACCGCUGGGCAAGAGCAGUUAGUGAUUGGAUUCCUUGGGAUCGCAAGCGUACUGCAGGAAGAUCACCAACUGGAUCGUCAGAGUUCUUGACGAAAGGCCUAGGAAAAAGAUAUGAAGUUGAGCGAGUUCCUGAAGCGAGCAAAGCCUACUGGGCUACUCCUGCAGCGAUAGGUAAAAAAUGGAAGAAUUACUGGAGCCCGCUCGAUUUAUUCGACGAUCAACGUGAUUACACGUGA